CUUCCCACAAAGUUGGGAAUCAGCGGAGCUUCCGCGAGAGCUAAUGGACACACGAGAGCCGCGUCUGGAAGAUCAAGAAUGCUGAAGACAGGAUGGAUCCCCUAGUUCAUCUGAGCCUGCUGAGAGUCAGCGUCUCUGCUCUCCCACACCCCACUCGCCCACCGCGUCCUUGGGCACCUGACCCUGCCCUCUCCACCUCCUGGAAAAAACAGUAGAGUUCUCAGACUACACACGGAGACAGGUGAACCCUUCCUGUUUAAAUAUGACUGGAUGGAGGUCUCAGUGGCGUCUGGUCCUGCUCAACUCACUCACAUGUGGUCUGGAGAUCUGCGUGGCUGCGGGGAUCACCUACGUGCCUCCUCUGUUGCUGGAAGCUGGUGUGGAGGAGCAGUACAUGACGAUGGUUUUAGGUAUCGGACCAGUUCUGGGCCUUCUCUUCAUCCCCCUGAUUGGCUCAGCCAGUGAUCACUGCAACAGUAGCUAUGGCCGCCGGCGACCCUUUAUAUGGCUGCUUUCGUUGGGUGUUCUCCUAGCCCUCCUUAUCAUACCACAUGCUGAUGUUCUGGCCGCCAACCUAAGCUGGGGUAGCACCCGCCGCAACCGGGCUCUCCAGGUGGGCUUGCUCAUCUUUGGCGUGGGACUAUUGGACUUCUGCGGGCAGGUGUGCUUCACGCCACUCGAGGCAUUGCUCUCAGACUUAUACCAUGAACGCGACGACUGCGGACAGGCUUUCGCAAUGUUCUCUUUUAUGGUUAGUCUAGGCGGUUGUGUUGGGUACUUGUUACCCGCAUUGGACUGGAGUGGUGGGCUUCUCUCAUUCUACCUGGGUGGCCAGGCAGAGUGUCUGUUCUCCCUCCUCAUCCUCAUCUUCGUGGUUAGUGUGUUGGUCACCAUGAAAGUGUCAGAGGAACCUUCACGUGGGACGUCUGUCCUGGAACCUGGGCCAUUGGAGUCUGGACAGUGUUUUCCGCGCUCAUGCUGCUAUCUGUUUCAGUGUAAGCUGCGCUCUCUGAAGUCAGGCCCGUUGCUGUGCCUGCUGAGGACUUGCUGGUCUAUGACACCAGCCAUUUACCGCAGCUACUGCCAUGUACCACGUGUUAUGCGACAGCUGUGCUUGGCUCAGCUCUGCAGCUGGAUGGGUGUCAUGUCCUUCAUGCUCUUCUACACAGAUUUUAUUGGCGAAGGACUGUAUGAGGGAGUUCCAAGUGCUGCUCCAGGCACUGCUCUCAGGCAACGCUAUGAUGAAGGUAUUCGUAUGGGCAGCCUGGGCUUAUUCCUGCAGUGUGCUACCUCAACCUUCUUCUCGCUGGUCAUGAGCAGGCUGGUACGUGUCUUCGGGUCCAGGAUGGUCUAUCUGAGCAGCAUGGUGAGCUUCACCAUUUCAGCUCUGGUUAUCUGUCUGUCCAAGAGUGUACUGUUGGUCACGGCUAUGUCGGCCCUAACUGGCUUUGCCUAUGCAACACUACAGACCUUGCCUUAUACACUUACCUGCCACUACCACAAAGAGAAAGAGGUAUACAUGCAAAACACCAAUACCAAAAAACUGCACAAUAAUGGAUUCACCAUCACAAGGGAUUCUGUUUGUUUAAAUCUAGACAAUGGCCCUGGAGAUCUCAGCCACAAGAAUGGCAGUUCCAAUGGGCAUGCUUAUCACAGCAGUGAUGGAAAAAAAUAUUACUCUCCUCUGCACAAUCAGAAUGGUUCACCUCUUGGUCUGGAGUCAGAGGAUUUUGAAAAACGUGGCGUAGGACUAGAUUUUGCCAUUCUGGACAGCACCUUCCUUCUCUCUCAGGUCUUCCCCACCCUCUUCAUGGGCAUGAUCGUAAAGUUCACAGAGUCUGUCACUGCGUACAUCGCCUCCUCUGCCAUCUUUGGUGCCAUUGGCAUUUAUUUUGCCACCCACAUCAUCUUUGACCGAAAGGACCUCAGAAGCUGAUAAAUGCAGUUAUGAUGUCAUGUUUGCUUUGAGGAUGAAUUGUGCAUUAGUGGUCUAAACAGCUUUUUUCCAUCAGAUCUCUAUCUCUAAAGACAAAUGAGAUCAUUGGGACUAAUGGACAUGUCAACCUGGACUUGGUGUAAUUCCUAUUGUGUUGUAAAGACUUUUUGUAAAGAACAAUGUUUUUGUGUAUAUAUAUAUUUUUAAAUUGAUAAUAUAUAAAUAUUUAUAUCUCUAUGGGGAUUUUUAUGCAACCCAUUUUGGUGAGGUCAUCUGUAUUUAUGUUGUAAUUCUAACCUCAUUUUACUUGUCAAACAAAAGUGUCUUAAUUUUUUUUUUUCACCUGAGAUCUUUCUUGGUCAGUUACCAAGACUAAUAGCACAAUAUAGCCUUGUAUAUAAUGUCAAUCUAGUGUUCAAAAUGACAAUCUGGGAUAUUUUUCUACAGGAGAUUUUACACACAGACCUAAGCUACCUACUUUGCCUAUUUCAGCUAUAAUGUGUUACAAUUGCAAACCAUCAAGUCAACAAUAUUGUUUUUAACAAAACUGUUUCAUGUCAUAUUUAAGUAAUGUAUCUGUAAGUACACUCACCAUUGGUCAUGGAGUGUGUGUGUACGUGUAGCUUUAUUUGUAUGAGUGUAUUUGGAUGUGUUAUUGUGUGAAGUGGUAAAAUUCUCAGGAUAAACUCAUCGUCCAGUUGAAAAUGAACUGUCAGUCCAAGCACAACACAAAGUAUUAAUAAAAGAGGUACUGAUAUUUUCAUUGCUGGGAAUCUAUGAGAAUAUUUUUAUAUUCUUGCCUUUUAUAUUAGUUGGGAAAUUAUCAUCCCAUCUAAUGCACUAUGUUUGCUGUUUACAACUUAAAUUCAUAUAUUUUUUUUUCUUUGUAGACAUGAUCAUCAUGAUCUGAUGCAAUUUGAAGCAAUUCUAUUUACAGGUAGGUUACAGUUGAGCGCCAGGGGCCGUAACGUCAUAACUCUAGAAUGCUAUCUUAUCUGUUAGUAUUAAUUGCGAUUACAGUUAGGAUCUAUUAUGUUCUAUUUAACUUGUCAAAUCUUAAGAUUUUGAUAGGAAGUUUCUGUAGUACACAGUAUAUUAUGGAGAGCAUAAUUUGCCUAUUUGUUCCUUAUGAAAAAAGCAGUUAAUUUUUACAGGCAAUUAGGAGCUGUUGACUUCGUCAAACAUAAUGCAUAUUUAAAUUAUGCACAGUCCUUCUCUGAAUAAAUCAUAGCAUGUUUCAUUUUAACCAUUUAACAUUUCAGAAAUUCUUCUUUUGAAAAAUAGUUUCCAGAAUUGAAAAAUUGGCUGACGUUUUUGUGUGUAAAUAAUUUUACUACAUUAAACAUUUAAAGUGCCUAAGAAAAGCCCAACCUUGCUUGAUAUUUAUUUAGUUUGGGGUAACAACAACAACAAAUAUAAGAUUGCGUGCUGUAUUUUUGCCUUAUUUUCCUGAAUCUGUAACUGGUGUUUGGUUAACACCUUUGCAUGUCAACCGGGUAUAAACUCUUCAACUAAAGAAGUGGUGUUAACCUUUUUAACGCUGUAAAUUAGCAAAGUGUCGUGUUAUUAAUG